UGCUAGAGAAGGUUCGGACGCUUGCAGACUAAAGAUGAGAAUGGAGGAAGAUGGCCCAAAUGAGCUCUACAAGGAGUGUAUGAAAAACCAUGCUGCCAGCCUAGGAAGCUACGCUACCGAUGGUUGUGGCGAAUUCACACCCGACGGUGACACACCUGGUGGACUACAAUGCGAAGCCUGUGGCUGUCACCGUAAUUUCCACCGGAAGGUUAGGGUCUUAACCGGCACUGGCAGAGCCGGAAACAGCUCUAACCGUGGCGGUGACGACCUAGAAAUGGAGCUAAUCCAAUACGGCAGCGGCGGCGGUGGAGGAGGAGGUGUUGGUGGUGGCCACCCAGAGGUGGUGACCCCUGUGGAAUUGCUAGAGCUGGAGAGAGGCGUAAAGAAGCGUGCUCGAACGAAGUUCACGGCGGAGCAGAAGGAGAAAAUGCUUGGCUUUGCAGAGAAACUUGGUUGGAGGAUUCAAAGAGACCAAGACGCUGAGAUCGAACGCUUCUGCAAAAUGACUGGUGUACCCCGACAGGUCUUCAAGGUGUGGAUGCAUAACCAUAAGAACUCUUCUUCGUCGUCUUCAGCUUCUACGGCCACCACCGGCAAUGCCUCCUCUACUCUUACUCAAUAGAGGGAGAGAGAGAGAGAGAGAU